AUGAAGCGGGAACGCGAUGACGCCGACGACGAGGGGAGCAGCGGUGAUGAAAUGGGUCCAAUGCCCAUCUCAGAUAGUCAAACUAUCAAGAAGAAGCGAAAAGGUGAGCUUCCUCGUUCAGGUGCUGGAGGCUUGUUUUUAACAAGGCGAUUUCCAGUGUUACCGCAUGAGAAAACAUUCUUAGAACAUCUUCCAUCUGCGGAUCAAUACUUUAAAAGCUUUAUGCAUAGGGAUAUCGUCAAUUUUGUGACGGUUACACGAACAGAAUUCUUGAUUACAACUUCGAUCGAUGGACAUCUCAAAUUAUGGAAAAAACAAGAAGUAGGUAUCGAAUUCGUGAAGCAUUAUCACGCACACCUUGCGCCUAUCGUGUCUGUCUCUGCUAGUGCAGACGGAACUACAUUUGCGAGUAUCGCAGACGAUGGAAGCUGCAAAGUGUUUGAUAUUGAGAACUUUGGUGCGUAG